AUGGAGGCAGAACCUGAACACUGUCUCUGCCAGCCUGUAGACUUUGCCUCCUCAGCAGCCACAGCUCCUUAUAGCCCAGCCUCGCAGAGGAUGACGAGUGAGAUUGGUGUAGGGCCCUUCACCCAUAUCCGAGACCACGGAUCAGCAAGAGACAUGACAUCAGUGACCAGUGAAUCUACUGCAGGUGCCAUGGGAGGUGAUGCAGGUGUGGUGCCAGUCACACAUGCCCAAGGCCAUGAAGGACCAGGAAGCACAGGAGCACUGAUGAGGAGCCCCCUGACCCCUGUGUCUACUGUUAUUCCCACAGCGAGUGAGAUUGGUGUAGGGCCCUUCACCCAUAUCCGAGACCACGGAUCAGCAAGAGACAUGACAUCAGUGACCAGUGAAUCUACUGCAGGUGCCAUGGGAGAUGGACCCUCCCUGGGAACAGAACCUCACACUCCUAUCCACGAAUCUCUGAGCCCAGGGCCAGGCUCCUUUCCUGCCUUAAGUACUCCCACAGCCUGCACAAGCACAGCUUCCCUUGAGGCUGCUACUUCAUUGGAGGACCCAGGGCCAGCCGGCCUGACUCCAGAGACUGAGAGAAACCCACAGGCAACACCAACUCCAGCUAUCACCCUGCCUCCAGCCAGCACACAGGAAGUUUGCACAACAGCAUCUCCCAGUCCUCCUGACACAACCACAGAGGGCAGCAGUGUCAAGGCAGGAGGUGAUGCAGGUGUGGUGCCAGUCACACAUGCCCAAGGCCAUGAAGGACCAGGAAGCACAGGAGCACUGAUGAGGAGCCCCCUGACCCCUGUGUCUACUGUUAUUCCCACAGCGAGUGAGAUUGGUGUAGGGCCCUUCACCCAUAUCCGAGACCACGGAUCAGCAAGAGACAUGACAUCAGUGACCAGUGAAUCUACUGCAGGUGCCAUGGGAGAUGGACCCUCCCUGGGAACAGAACCUCACACUCCUAUCCACGAAUCUCUGAGCCCAGGGCCAGGCUCCUUUCCUGCCUUAAGUACUCCCACAGCCUGCACAAGCACAGCUUCCCUUGAGGCUGCUACUUCAUUGGAGGACCCAGGGCCAGCCGGCCUGACUCCAGAGACUGAGAGAAACCCACAGGCAACACCAACUCCAGCUAUUACCCUGCCUCCAGCCAGCACACAGGAAGUUUGCACAACAGCAUCUCCCAGUCCUCCUGACACAACCACAGAGGGCAGCAGUGUCAAGGCAGGAGGUGAUGCUGGUGUGGUGCCAGUCACACAUGCCCAAGGCCAUGAAGGACCAGGAAGCACAGGAGCACUGAUGAGGAGCCCCCUGACCCCUGUGUCUACUGUUAUUCCCACAGCAGCAGGGAGCUUCAACUCGAAGACCUUCACCAUCAACUUCACCAUCACCAACAUGUUUUACAAAACCAAGAUGGGUCAAAGGGGUUCCAGCACAUUCCGUGUUGCUGAAUUUGUCCUGCAGCACCUGUUCAAGGUAUUGUUUGAAAGAAGCAGCCUUGGCUCUCAGUAUUCUGGAUGCAGUGUGACCUUGCUGAGGUCUAUGAAUAAUGGGAAAGCAACAGGAGUGGAGGUUAUAUGUUCUUAUCAGGAAUUUUUCUCCAUCCCUGUCUUGGACAAGAAGAAGAUUUACCAAGAGCUGAGUCAACAGACUAAUGGAAUAACAAGGCUCGGAGGUUAUAUUCUAGAUGAGGAAAGCCUGUAUGUGGAUGGGUAUAACCCCCAGAUGCCAACUCCCUCCACAAACACUGGUGAUGCUGUGGUGGGGCCAGUCACACCAGCCCAAGGUCAUGGAGCGCCAAGACUCACAGUAGCACUGAUAAGGAGUCCCCUGACUCCUGUGUCUACUAUUAUUCCCACAGCAAGUGGGAGACCAAGACUGGAAACUUUUACUAUGAAUUUCACCAUAAACAACACUCUGUACACAGAAGAUAUGGAACAGCCAUACUCAGAGAAAUUCAGCUCUACAGAGAGAAUCCUCCAUCACCUACUCAGAGGCUUGUUCAAGAACAGUAGCCUGGCUUCUAGCUAUACUAGGCCUGUGAAGGAUGGGGAAGCCACUGGAGUGGAUGUUGUGUGUGCCCAUUAUAAAGACCCCAGCAGGCCUGUCCUGUACCACGUGAAGGUUUACUUGGAGCUGAGCAACCAGACCUAUGGCAUCAUCAGGCUCGGCCCCUACACCCUGAACAGCGACAGCCUCUUCCUCAUUGGUUAUAAUGAUAAACAUUCUGGGACCAUAAGCAGGCCCAGUAGAGCAAGCGAGGGCAGAAUGAUGACCACAGCUGGAGAAUCACAGACCAUAAUCAUUACAAUUUCCAGCCCUGCAGUAAGAACACACUCUGUUCUGGCAACAACAGCAGCCCCGACCACUGCCUGUGCUAUUGACUUGGAAAAAAUCACUGUGCCUGCUUCCUCUGCCUUGCCAGAGCUCAUGGUAGCACCAUUUGCCUGGUCUGGAGUGGCGACCAGCCCAUCUGAAACUACGCUCAUUGCCGAAAUCUGUACCCCACUUGGGGCUGGGACAGGAGGAGGGAGCCCCAUAGGUGUCCCUUCACACCUCACUAGUCUUGACACGACAACAUCAACCACAGUCUUUCCCUGCACCAAUGUGCCCCCAGCACAGUCUACAAUGUGCUCUACAAUCAGCCUACAAUCAGCCACAACUCUUUGCCGGGUCAGUAGAGAAGAACGAAAGCCAAAGACCUCUCUGGACACAUCUGCUUCAGAGACCACAGCCAUGGCUACUGCAAGGGUAUGGCUGGCCCUGACCAAGACUCCAACCACAAUGGACAUCAGCAGAGGAGCUGAGGCUGUGGUUCUGUCCACAAGUGAUUUGCCCACCAGCUCAGCUGUCCCACUCAUUCCCACAGAUAAAGUAUCCACCCAGACCACCAUGACCACUAUUGCACACACUGCAGCAGGGAGCUCCUACUCCAAGACAUUCACCCUCAACUUUACCAUCACCAACAUGUUUUAUACACCAGACAUGGGUGAAAGGGGCUCCAACACAUUUAAGGCUGCUGAGAAUGUCCUGCAAGUUCUGCUGAAGUUCUUAUUUGGAAUGAGCAACCUUGGCUCUCACUAUUCUGCAUGCAGUGUGAACUUGCUGAGGUCUCUGAAGAAUGGGACAGCAACAGGAGUGGGUGUCCUGUGUACUUUUCAGGAAGAUUCCUCCAACCCUGUCCUGAACAAAGAGAAGGUUUACUGGGAGCUAACUGAACAGAUUCAAAGAAGAAGGCUAAAACAUGUGCUUAUAGAGAGGGACAGCCUCUUUGUGGAUGGGUAUCAUCAUAAGCAACCAGGCAUCAUAUCCACAAAGAAGAGUGAGAUUGCUGUAGGACCUGUCACCCAUAUCCCAGACCAUGGAGCACCAGGAGACAUGACAUCAGUGACUAGCAGCCUCUAUGAAUCCACAGUAGGUGCCAUUGCAGCAGGGAGCUCCUACUCCAAGACAUUCACCCUCAACUUUACCAUCACCAACAUGUUUUAUACACCAGACAUGGGUGAAAGGGGCUCCAACACAUUUAAGGCUGCUGAGAAUGUCCUGCAAGUUCUGCUGAAGUUCUUAUUUGGAAUGAGCAACCUUGGCUCUCACUAUUCUGCAUGCAGUGUGAACUUGCUGAGGUCUCUGAAGAAUGGGACAGCAACAGGAGUGGAUGUCCUGUGUACUUUUCAGGAAGAUUCCUCCAACCCUGUCCUGAACAAAGAGAAGGUUUACUGGGAGCUAACUGAACAGAUUCAAAGAAGAAGGCUAAAACAUGUGCUUAUAGAGAGGGACAGCCUCUUUGUGGAUGGGUAUCACCAUAAGCAACCAGGCAUCAUAUCCACAAAGAAGAGUGAGAUUGCUGUAGGACCCGUCACCCUUAUCCCAGACUAUGGAGCACCAGGAGAUAUGACAUCAGUGACUACUGGCCUCCUGACCUAUGAAUCCACAAUAGGUGCCAUUGCAUCAGAGAGCUCCUACUUGAAGGUUUUCAACCUCAAAUUCACCAUCCUCAACCUGUUCUACACAACAGACAUAGGUCAAAGGGGCUCCAGCAAAUUCAACUCCAUUGAGGAUGUCCUGCAACCUCUGAUCAACAACUUGUUUAGAAAAAGCAGCUUUGGCCCUCACUAUUUUGGAUGCAGGCUGACUUUGUUAAGAUCUAUGAAGAAUAGGAUAGCAACAGGAGUGGAUGUCGAAUGUGCUUAUCAGGAAGAUUCCUCCACCCCUGUCCUGGACCGAGAGAAGAUUUACUGGGAGCUGAGUGAACAGACCCAUGGAAAAACAAGGCUGGGACCCUACAUUCUACAUAAGGAAAGCCUUUAUGUGGAUGGGUAUACCCAUCAGAUACCAACCACCACCACAAACACCUGGAGACCCAGUCUAGAGGCUUUCACCCUGAACUUCACCAUCACCAACCUGCUGUACACAGAAGACAUGGGGCAGAAGGAUUCCAUCAAAUUCAAGUCCACUGAAAAGAUUCUUCAGAAUAUGCUUGGCCCUUUGUUUGAGAACAGCAGCCUUGGUUCCAGUUAUUCCAGGUGCAAACUGACUUUCCUAAGACCUCUGAAGAAUCUGACAGUGACUGAAGUAGGUGUCAUCUGCUUCUAUCAGAGUGAUUCCACUGGUCCCUUCCUGGAUAGAGAGAGGGUUUACUGGGAAUUCAGCAAUCAGACUGGGGGCAUCACUAGACUGGGGCCCUAUACACUCGACAGGGACAGUCUCUACCUCAAUGGUUAUAACCAUGACUUACAAUCUUCCACCUCUACUCCUAUCCAGACCACAAUCCCUUCAAGAAUUUCCUCAGCUCCUUCACUACUGACCAAUUCCUCAGCAUCUGGCAGGUUUAGCCUGGAGUCUUUUACCCUGAACUUCACAAUCACCAACUUGCUCUGCACAGCAGACAUGGGACGGCCAGGUUCCCAAAAGUUCAACGCCACUGAAAGAGUCCUACAGCGCCUGCUCAGCCCCUUGCUUGAAAACAGUAGCCUUGGCUCUGACUAUUCUGGAUGCAGGCUGACCAUGCUGAGGCCCGUACAGAAUGGGACAGCAACCGAAUUCCUGUGUGGCCACUGGAAAACUCCCACCAUCCCUAGCCUGGACAGGAAGAAGAUUUACUGGGAGCUGAGCAAUCAGACCCAAGGUAUCACCAGGCUGGGUGCCUAUACCCUGGACAAUAAGAGCCUCUAUCUCGAUGGAUACAGCUAUCAGAUGAAUCUUUCCUCCUCCACAAGUGCUGGAGGUCCCAACUUUGAGCCUUUCACACUGAAGUUCACCAUCACCAACAUGAGGUACACAGCAGACAUGGGGGAAAGGGGCUCCAGCAUAUUCAUCUCCACUGAGAGAGUGCUGCAGCGCCUGCUCAGUUCCUUGUUUGAAAAGAGCAGCCUUGGCUCUCAGGAUUUUGCAAGCAAAUUGACCUUACUGAGGCCUAUGAAGGAGGGAAGAGCAACCCUAGUUCAUUUCACUUGCAUCCAUCGGAGAGAUCCUGCCAGCCCUGUCCUAGAUAGAGAAAAAAUUUACUGCGAGUUGAGCUAUCUGACCUGGAGCAUCACCAGGCUGGGCCCCUACACAUUAGAGAAGGAUAGCCUCUACCUCAAUGGUUACAAUCAUUUGGCCGUGGCCCCCACCAAAAUGCCACCAGACCCAGCAGUAGCACCUGGUUGUCCCCUGUGGGCCACAGAGCCUGGAGGCUCCCAAGCUGCUAGUUUAAGCUUCCAGUCUUUCACCACCAUUCCCGAGGUGCUGUACACAGAAGAUAUGCAUCUUUCUGGAUCUGACAAGUUCAACUUCACCAAAAGAACCCUGCAGCAACCUUUGAAGAAUGCCUCAGAAACUGGAGUGAGUUGCCUGUACACACACAAGAGAAAUGUUAGAAGCUCAUUCAGAGACCAAGAGAAGGUUUACUGGGAUGCAAAAAGAGCAUUUCACUAAGCUGGGCUUUUCCUCCUCCCUUGAAAGAGACAGUCUACUCAAUGAUGAGGAGCACAACAGAAUCCCAAGCUCUUUCCUCUAUCCCCAUGCUACUUUCCCCUCCUCCUGCUAAAUUUCCAUUCUGAUUCUGACCUUAAUGUUCUCUCAAAGAUUCAUUAUUUCUCAAUACCCUUUUAUUACACCAAACACAGAAAAUAAACCAUGCCCCUAUCUA